AUGGAACGCUGGCAGGGAAAGGUAGCGGUAGUGACCGGUGCCAGUUCGGGCAUUGGUGCGGCAACCGUAAAAGCGCUCACCAAAGCGGGCUUGAUCACUUUCGGUCUAGCGCGUCGUGUCGAACGCGUUGACGAGCUGAAGAAUGAUCUUCCCGGGGACGCAAAAGAGCGUCUUCACAGUAUCCGAUGUGACAUCACAAAGGAGGAAGACAUUUUGGCCGCGUUCCGGCAGGUGGAGGAAAAGUACGGUGGUGUGGAUGUGCUGAUCAAUAACGCUGGCCUAGCGAAGGGCGGUGUCGGUGUGCUGGAUGCCAACAAUACGCAGGUCGUACGGGAUGUGAUCGAUACGAAUAUGGUGGGAUUGGUGCUGUGUAGCCGGGAAGCGUAUCAAUCGAUGAAGAAACGCUCGGUUGACGGGCAUAUCGUGCACAUUAAUAGUAUCCUCGGCCAUAUGGUGGCACCGAUGGGAACGAUCAAUGUUUAUGCGGCCUCCAAGUACGGUGUGACGGCACUCACCGAAACGAUGCGCCACGAGCUGAGGUUGGCCGGGACUAAAGUCAAAGUCACGAGCAUCAGCCCAGGACUGGUCCGAACGGAGAUGCCCACCAGCACUGCCCUUGCCGAAAGGCCCUGCCUCGAACCGGAAGACAUUGCGGACGCAAUCCUGUACGUGCUCGGAACUCCACCAAGGGUCCAGAUCCACGAGCUAACGAUAAAACCGGUUGGCGAAACCGUAUGA